GCCGGAGUCUGCGCAGUGAGGUCGGAUCAUAGUUGGGUGCAGGCAGUUACACAGAAGCAGGAGGAAGCGGAGUUUCCGGCUGUUUGCAGCGCACACGGAGGACCGCUGACGCCGCGAAACCCGACACAAACGCCGCCGGUCCGGGGGGGCUCCACGUCCAACGUCGGUGCGGUCGUCUGCUUUAACACUGGGGGAUCUGGGGGUUUGUGUUGAGCAUUAUAGACCGACCUGUAAUUGAGAGCCAAAGCGGACAAACGAGCGGUACAAGGCGGGCGUGAGCCACCACCAGCUACCGGCGGCAAUGGCCAGGGACUACGAUUACCUCUUCAAGCUGCUCAUCAUCGGUGACAGCGGAGUGGGAAAAAGCAGUCUCCUUCUGCGAUUUGCAGACAACACAUUUUCAGGUAGCUAUAUCACCACUAUCGGGGUUGACUUUAAGAUCCGGACUGUGGAGAUCAACGGAGAGAAGGUCAAGCUUCAGAUCUGGGACACAGCGGGGCAGGAGCGCUUCCGAACCAUCACCUCCACAUAUUACCGGGGCACACAUGGGGUUAUAGUGGUAUACGACGUCACCAGUGCAGAGUCCUUUGUGAACGUCAAACGAUGGCUUCAUGAAAUAAACCAGAACUGUGAUGACGUGUGCCGAAUAUUAGUGGGGAACAAAAACGACGACCCAAACUCUAAAGUGGUGGAGACGACAGACGCGCAGAAGUUUGCAGAGCAGAUGGGCAUCAGCCUGUUUGAGACCAGCGCGAAAGAAAACAUAAACGUGGAAGAGAUGUUUAACUGCAUCACAGAGCUGGUGCUCAAAGCUAAGAAGGACGUGCUUGCCCGACAGCAGCAGCAGCAACAGAACGACGUGGUGCGACUCACCCGAAACAGUAAACGAAAGAAAAAGUGCUGCUAGCAAACUCCCCGCUAACUUGCAUUUUUGUCAUCGACCCACAUGCAUUUUACACCCAUGGGACUCAGAGCAUCUAAAUUAAAGAUAAAGUUUAAUAAAUAUACAGUUUAAAAAUGGAAAAUGUCCCCUUUGGACUAAUCAUGAAGACUUUAAAGUGUACAGAUUUUAUUAGACAUCAAAGCGAGUUUUAUUUGAAUUUCAGCUGAUGGGCACUAUCGCAUAUAUAUCGAGGUCCUUGUUUGUCCAAGGGUCUGGAGCUUAUAACUGACGCCAUGUUGCAUUCACUGUCCCAUCGCCGCUUUCUUCCUCCUACUCAUCCUCCUCUUCCUCCUCUCCACUGCACACGGGACAUUCAGAGCCAAAACCUCUGCGUCUUCGAGAAGGAGGACUAAUUUUUGUGGAUCUAUUUUUCUGUGGUAAUUUUUUUUUUUCUUCUCAGAGAUUCUUUGAAGGGUUGUUAGUUUGAAAGAAGUUUGUGAUCAGAGGUUUUAGACAUCCGUGUUGCCACCUCAAUGCAUUUUAAUAUGGAAUUAAAAUCACAACAUAUAAUAAUAGUGACAAACUAACCCGCAAGUGGACAGAAUUGCUGACAUGUAGGUUUUUAACUGUCUAUAUAUUGCCAAGCUCCCCACCUUGUACCCUCUAACCUCCACUAGUGCUGAGCCAACAACGUAAUCUGUUUUAUUCUAUCAUUUUUAAAGUGCAACACAGCAGUGGAACUUUGGUGAUGUCCCGCUUUAACCACCAAAGUUCACUGUGGUCUUACGUGCUUUUAACUCCUGAUUCCUCUCAUUUUUAAUACAUGAAUACUGCCAAUAUUAUUAAUAUUAUUAUUAUUAAGAGUACAUGCUCUCAUUGGACUGUUGCCAUAGCGCCCCCAGGUGUUUGGGGGUAUGACUGUUGAAGUGCUCAGGGCUGCCCUCCCUCUUCCACUCUUCUCUCUGAUGGUGUUUCUCUCGCAGCCACAGACAUCCAUGUCCCAGGACCAUCUCCACAUUUAUUGCACAUGCAGACUGUAUAAAAAAAUGUAUGGUUUAUUUAUGCUAGCUUCUGAUGGACAGCCAUUUUGUUAAUAUUUACUUUUUUGGGCAUGCUACCUCUAUAUUCAUUUUCAAAACUACCUGGUGCAGCUUGUUUUUGAAGUCCAUGCACCAUCUCCAAUUUGGUGAUGAUCAUUUCAAUUUUAUAGAGGCAUUGCUAAAAUUAGAUAUAAUACUUUUUUGACAUGGUUCAGAUAUCAAAUGUUCAACUGAAAAGUGUUUCAAAAGAUAUUUUUCCAUAAAAAAACAAUUAAAAUCCAAUUAAAAGGUGUUUCUAAAAAUAUUUCUUUCAAUGAACAGUAUCACUUGAGAUAGCUAUAUUCUCUUACGAAAGAUCUAGCAUUCAACCCCAAAUUCUCCAACUAAUACUGUAUACUAUAUUAGCAAUUAGUCUGGAUUGAUUACUGUUUUAAGAUGACUGAUGGAAGCUGAACCUGAAACUUGUAAGUGUACAGAAAGCACGUUGCAUGGAUUGUCAUCAUAAAGCACUUUAAUGAGAUGUGGCUCUAAAUGUUUAAAUACAUUGUCUUUGCUUUAAUGCAUUAAUAGAGCAAUAAUGUAAAAAACAGGAAAAGAUUAUCCAAAUUAUUUUUUUACCUUGAUAUUGACUUAUAUUUUCUAUAAAUAAAUCAUAUUAUAAAGACUGGAGCCAAGCUUCUCUUAUGUGCAAGGAUUUGUCUGGUCGUAUGGGAUCCUGGAGAUGUGAGUAAAUGGUGCCAAAUUAGUUAAACGGCAUGUUGCAAUGUAUGAUCACCAGUCUACUUGAAAAUGGGUGUUUUUAAAUAGGAAUACUUGUACCCAGCAGUCCUCUAUUAAUGUUAGAUUUGCAAACUAGAACAGACAAAAAUAUUGAUCAAUCAAUCAAUGGCACAAUCUUAAAUGUAAAUCUUUAUACAUUUACUUUCUUUCAAAGUUGAAUAUCCCAGGAGCUAUGUUGUUACCUUUGUACAUACGUUAGACUUUUAACCAUAACCAACUUAAAAUUUAAAUAAAUUAGCACUUUGACAUCUCUCUAAAAGUUACACUUUGUGUCCUACAAUGACCAAUAAUCAGAUUUAGAGUGUCUAAAUUAUAUUAAUUGGAAAAAAUGUUGCUGUUAAUCUCUGUUGGAUAAUUAGUUGGUAUUUGAUGAGUGAAACGUCCAUCUUUUUAUACAGUCUACAGAAUAGUGUGCCCCACUUCACGUCAAGAUGUUUUGACGUAAUUUUGGUUUUGUGCAUGAAAAGGAUUUGUUAAAUUUCUGAUCAAAGCAUUUUUGAGGUGUAAUUUCCUUUCUUUUGGUCCUGGUUUGCCUAUACAUGUUACUGUACAACUGACACGUUACUGGACAUUGUGUUUCAUUGAAAACCAUGGGACUUUGUGAACAAAUGAACUUAUUCACAAUACAUCUCUUUUUGCUGACAUUUAAACAUGUAUUUUUGAUUUGGGAGAGCAAGUGAAAGGAAAAGUUGGAUUCUUUACUUCCACACUUUGUCCAAAAGCAGUGGUGGACAAUUGCUAUCUAAAGUCAUUCAACUUUAUCAUUUCUAUUCAUUACGUGUUUGUAUAUAUAAAUAUAUUUGUGUGUUAAUAUUCAGUAUGAGACCUGCACAUGGAGAGCAUUUGACUGCGCGGGGUCUGAGAUUGGUGCAAAUGGGGCUGUAUACAGUAGUUCCAAUUAUAAAUGUAUUCUCUGUCAGCAUUUGCAGAUGACUACAGCCACCUAGUAUUAAAUAAAACAUUUUAAUUGUCAAAAUUCAUUAGGAUAAAAAUAUUCAGAUAAUUUAUAUAUUAUACAUAUUUCUAUGCAAUUUAAAAGGUGUUGACUUUAUAUGGAUACAGUAUAAUGGGGAAGAGAUCAUUUCUGAAGGAAAUAUUGUCAGAAAAAAGGUUGACUUAAUUGUAUUUUUUUUCAGUCUUCAAACUCAAUGUAUUAAAUUUUAUAUCUUAAAGUAAGUACAAUCACACCUAUACAAAUGCUGCCAGAGAUUACGUUAAACUAACCAUAAACUGAGUUAAAAUAUACACAAUUUGACAUUCAAUUUUGAAUUCUUAGCUGCCCUCAUCUCGACUUUGAACUACAUGUUAUACACUUUGAACUAACAUUAGCCUGUUGUACAACUACUGCUUACAGCCUUACCGGUAUUUCAAUACAGACUAUAAGGAGCAGUAUGUGCAAUGUUGGAAAUCCACUCAGCUGUGGUCUGCUGUACACUGGAAGUACUUUUCAUUCCCCCACAUGAGUUUAAUCAGUAAUAAAUAAAUAAUAUACACUUUAAAGGAACAAUAUCGGACAUGUGACCAUCUCAUCUGUCAGUGGCUUGGUCUUAACUUCGUUUGCAAACCUGUGUCUUUCUGUUUAUUUGCUUUUUCUGUGAAUAAAGAUUAUAUGGGAGGAACUGUG